AUGAGUCAGCAGAAGCACCACAGACACUCCCUCGACAACCCCGAGUCCUUCUGGUCCUACCACGCCAAUUCCCUGCACUGGCACCAACAACCAACCAGUGCACUGCGACGUACAACCAAGCAAAUCACUACCUCUGCUGGCAGCAGCAGUCACGACCACUGGACGUGGUUCCCCGACGGCCGGAUCUCAACCACCUACAACUGCGUGGACCGACAUGUCGAAAAUGGCAACGGCGACAAUGUAGCCAUUGUCUGGGAAUCCGCCGUAGCCGGGGAAAGGGAGGAAUACACCUAUCGACAGCUACAGGACGAAGUAGAGGUUUUGGCCGGGGUGCUGAGAGAGGAAGGCGUAUGCAAAGGCGAUGUCGUGAUCAUCUACAUGCCCAUGAUCCCUGCCGCUCUCUUCGCAGCCCUCGCCAUUACCCGCCUCGGCGCCAUCCACGCAGCUGUGUUCGGCGGCUUUGCCGCGCCCUCGCUCGCUCAAAGAAUUGAAGCCGCAAAGCCGCGGGCUAUCAUGACCGCAUCCUGCGGCAUAGAAGGGUCUAAGGGCGCACUAGCAUACAGACCGCUGGUAGAAGGCGCAAUUCAGCAGAGUGCCUUCAAGCCGGAGAAGGUGAUUAUCUGGCAGCGAGAGCAGUUGCGCUGGAAUCAUCCCGAUAAACUCGGUGGACAGCGGAAUUGGCAGCGCAUUGUCAAGAGCGGGCGAACCACCGGCCUCCCCAAAGGGGUGGUGCGUGAAGCCGGUGGACACGCAGUCGGCCUCAGUCUAUCCGUGAGAUACAUGUUCGGCAUCCGCGGACCUGGAGACAUCAUAUUUUGCGCCUCCGAUAUAGGCUGGGUCGUAGGACACUCGUACAUUCUAUACGCACCGCUCCUCGUGGGCGCAACGACCAUCUUAUUCGAAGGCAAGCCCAUCGGCACACCAGACGCAGGCAUAUUCUGGAGAGUCAUUGAAAGAAACAAAGCCAACGUCCUUUUCACGGCACCAACAGCCCUGCGGGCGAUUCGCAAGGACGAUCCAGACAAUCGAUAUUUCACUCAAGUCGGAAAACGUGGCGGAUUGAAAUCUUUGAAGGCCUUGUUCCUGGCCGGAGAACGCAGCGAGCCUAGCAUCGUACAGAGCUAUCAGGACCUGCUCUCGCAAUGGGCCGCGCCUGGCGCUUUGGUGAUUGACAACUGGUGGUCAUCCGAAUCAGGUUCGCCGAUUACAGGGUUGGCAUUACGUCCCAAGCUUGCCAUGACCGCCUCGCUUCCACUAGCUGUGGAGUAUGAUCGUCCCCUGCCAAUCAGACCAGGCUCAGCGGGCAUGCCCAUGCCAGGCUUCGAUGUGCGCAUCGUAGACGACAACGGGGAUGAAGUAGUGCAUGGCAUAAUGGGCAACAUUGUCCUUGGUGUGCCCCUAGCCCCGACGGCGUUCACAACGCUCUUCAACGACGACGAGAGAUUCUAUAAAAGCUACCUCCAGCGGUUCUCAGGCCGAUGGCUCGACACAGGUGACGCAGGCAUGAUCGACCAAGACGGAUACGUGCAUGUCAUGUCUCGGUCGGAUGAUAUCAUCAAUGUUGCGGCGCAUAGAUUCAGCACAGGUCCCUCCUCUCUCUCUCUCUCUCUCCCCUGCUCCAUCGAACAAGCCAUCCUCUCGCACCCUCUCAUCAGUGAGGCAAGCGUAGUCAGCAUCCCGGAUGCAAUCAAGGGACAUCUCCCGUUUGCAUUUGUGCAGCUCAAGUCUCGCCCUGGUGUUGAAAAGAACAUACCGGCUACACCACCCGCCGCGUUCGUCAGCGAAAUCAACGCCCUUGUUCGCACCCACAUCGGCCCUAUCGCUUCGCUGGGCGGGGUGAUUCAGGGGCGCGGCAUGAUUCCCAAGACGCGCAGUGGGAAGACGCUGAGGCGCGUUUUGAGAGAGCUGGUUGAGAAUGCUGCUGCGGCUGCUGCCAGUUCUGACAGUGAUGGUUAUGACAAGGCGGUUAAUGUGCCGCCGACCAUAGAGGAUGUAGACGUUAUCGAGGUGGCGAGGGCAAGGGUGAAGGAGUAUUUCGUUGACAGAGGCAAAGAGAAGAAAACGAAGGCGAGAUUGUGA